AUGCCGUUCAUUGACGAGCCCACCCGUGCAAAAAGCACAUCUCAGCCCAUUGCCAUCAUCGGCAUCGGGCUGAGAGCCCCAGGCGAUGCUUCUGACCCGGAGAAGUUCUGGCAGAUGCUCUUGGACGCUCGCUCUGCACGGUCCGAGAUUCCAAAGGACCGCUACAACGUUGAUGGCUUUUACCAUCCUGACCCUGAAAGACUUGGAAGCAUCCAGCCCAGGCAUGCGCACUUCUUGAAACAAGACUUCAAGGUGUUUGACGCACCGUUUUUCUCUGUCACACCCAAGGAAGCUAAGGCUAUGGAUCCGACGCACCGGAUGCUCCUGGAAGCAACAUACGAGGGGUUUGAGAAUGCUGGUCUGAGACUGGAAGAUGUCUCGGGAACUCAAACGUCAUGCUACAUUGGUACCUUCACCGGAGACUUCCCCAACCUGCAAGCUCGCGACAACGAGGGACCCUCCAUUUACCAUGCUACCGGCCUUUCUUCAUCCCUUGCCUCAAAUCGGCUUUCGUGGUUCUACAACCUCAGGGGUCCCUCUAUGACGAUCGACACUGCAUGCUCAUCUAGUCUGACGGCCUUCCACCUGGCUUGUCAGAGCAUACGCACAGGAGAAGCAGAGAUGAGCGUUGUUGCUGGCGCCAAUCUCAUGUUCGGCCCAGACAUGUCCAUUCUGCUCGGUGCCGCCAAAAUUCUCUCCCCCGAGGGAAAGUCCAAGAUGUGGGAUGCGAACGCCAACGGCUUCGCCCGCGGAGAAGGAUUCGGCGUCACUAUUCUCAAGCCCUUGGAUGCCGCGCUUCGCGACGGCGAUACCGUCCGUGCUGUUGUGCUGGCCUCGGCAGCAAACGAAGAUGGAAGAACCCCUGGUAUCUCCCUGCCGAAUAGCGAAGCUCAGCAGGAACUUAUACGCACUGCAUACCGCAAAGCUGGUGUUGAUCCCGCAGAGACUGGCUACGUUGAGGCACACGGCACGGGAACGCAAGCUGGCGAUCCUCUGGAAGCCCGUGCUAUUCUCAAGACGAUAGGAGAUCAGCCCAGUCGCAAGUCCGAGCUGUAUGUUGGCUCGGUAAAGAGUAUGUUCAGCCCCGUUUUGAUGUGUCUUUGA